GACUGUGGCUUCUCAGGGGCGGGGCCGCUGCAGAGCAUCUCCCAGCCGGAGCCCCCCUUUGUUCCUCUUGCUGCCUCUGGAUCCGCCGGCGUCUGGAUCCAUCCCUCGCUCCCCUCUCGCUCCUCCCGCUCACCCCUUGCAUCCGGGCCCGCAUCCCUUCACCCAAAAGCUCGGUCCCAGUUCCUGCCCUUGCCCCUCCCCCAGACUUCUGGCCAGCGCCUUUGCCUGGUAGGUAGCCUUCUGUCCAUCUCUCCCUCCUGCACCUUCUUUUCCCUGGAUCCGUCUCCUGUCCCCCUUAUCCCCAAGUCCCGAGUCGCUCCGCCCUUUCGGACCGGGGAUGUCCCCCGCAGCCCCGCGCCCAUGGUCCUGACGCUGCUCCUCUCCGCCUACAAGCUGUGCCGCUUCUUCACCAUGUCGGGCACACGGCCGGGCGGCGAUCGGCUAGCGGUGCCGGGGCCCAACGAGGGCGGCGUUGCGGGCCCAUGGUGGACCGCGGGCGGCCGCGGGCCCCGCGAGGUGUCGCCCGGGGCGGGCACUGAGGUGCAGGGUGCCCUGGAGCGCGCGCUGCCCGAGCUGCAGCAGGCGCUGUCGGCGCUGAAGCAGGCGGGGGGCGCGCGGGCCGUGGGCGCCGGCCUGGCGGAGGUCUUCCAGCUGGUGGAGGAGGCCUGGCUGCUUCCGGCCGUGGGCCGUGAGGUAGCCCAGGGUCUGUGCGACGCCAUCCGCCUGGACGGCGGCCUCGACCUGCUGCUGCGACUGCUGCAGGCGCCGGAGCUGGAGACGCGCGUGCAGGCCGCCCGCCUGCUGGAGCAGAUCCUGGUGGCUGAGAACCGGGACCGCGUGGCGCGCAUCGGGUUGGGCGUGAUCCUGAACUUGGCAAAAGAGCGGGAGCCGGUGGAGCUGGCGCGGAGCGUGGCCGGCAUCUUGGAGCACAUGUUCAAGCACUCGGAGGAGACGUGCCAGCGGCUGGUGGCGGCUGGUGGCCUGGACGCUGUGCUGUACUGGUGCCGGCGCACGGACCCGGCGCUGCUCCGCCACUGCGCGCUGGCGCUGGGCAACUGCGCGCUGCACGGGGGCCAGGCGGCGCAGCGGCGCAUGGUGGAGAAGCGCGCCGCCGAGUGGCUCUUCCCGCUCGCCUUCUCCAAAGAGGACGAGCUGCUGCGGCUGCACGCCUGCCUCGCGGUGGCCGUGCUGGCCACCAACAAGGAGGUGGAGCGCGAGGUGGAGCGCUCUGGCACGCUGGCGCUCGUGGAGCCGCUUGUGGCGUCGCUGGACCCCGGCCGCUUCGCCCGCUGUCUUGUGGAUGCCAGCGAUACAAGCCAGGGUCGCGGGCCCGAUGACCUGCAGCGCCUCGUGCCGCUACUGGACUCGUCGCGCUUGGAAGCGCAGUGCAUUGGAGCUUUCUAUCUCUGUGCCGAGGCUGCCAUCAAGAGCUUGCAGGGCAAGACCAAGGUAUUCAGCGACAUCGGAGCCAUCCAGAGCCUGAAACGCCUGGUUUCCUACUCCACCAAUGGCACCACGUCGGCGCUGGCCAAGCGCGCGUUGCGCCUGCUGGGCGAGGAGGUGCCGCGGCCCAUCCUGCCCUGCGUGGCCAGCUGGAAGGAGGCCGAGGUCCAGACGUGGCUGCAGCAGAUCGGCUUCUCCCACUACUGCGAAAACUUCCGGGAGCAACAGGUAGAUGGCGACCUGCUUCUGCGGCUCACGGACGAGGAGCUCCAGACCGACCUGGGCAUGAAAUCCGGCAUCACCCGCAAAAGAUUCUUCAGGGAGCUCACGGAGCUCAAGACUUUCGCCAACUACGCUACGUGCGACCGCAGCAACCUGGCUGACUGGCUGGGCAGCCUGGACCCGCGCUUCCGCCAGUACACUUACGGCCUGGUCAGCUGCGGCCUUGACCGCUCCCUGCUGCACCGCGUGUCGGAGCAGCAGCUCCUGGAGGACUGCGGCAUCCGCCUGGGCGUGCACCGCGCCCGCAUCCUCACCGCCGCCAGAGAAAUGCUACACUCCCCACUGCCCUGCACUGGCGGCAAGCCCAGUGGGGACAUCCCAGAUGUCUUCAUCAGCUACCGCCGGAGCUCAGGCUCCCAGCUGGCCAGCCUCCUGAAGGUGCACCUGCAGCUGCACGGCUUCAGUGUCUUCAUUGAUGUGGAGAAGCUGGAAGCAGGCAAGUUCGAGGACAAGCUCAUCCAGAGUGUCAUGGGUGCCCGCAACUUCGUGCUCGUGCUGUCGGCUGGGGCCCUGGACAAGUGUAUGCAGGACUAUGACUGCAAGGACUGGGUGCAUAAGGAGAUUGUGACUGCUUUGAGCUGUGGCAAGAACAUUGUGCCGGUCAUCGAUGGCUUCGAGUGGCCAGAGCCCCAGGACCUGCCCGAGGACAUGCAGGCCGUGCUCACCUUCAAUGGCAUCAAGUGGUCCCACGAAUACCAGGAGGCCACGAUUGAGAAGAUAAUCCGAUUCCUGCAGGGCCGCUCCUCCCGGGACUCAUCGGCAGGCUCUGACACCAGUUUGGAGGGGGCCACACCCAUGGGCCCAACUUAACCAACUCUUAGAUCCUAGGCCCUGCUGUGACCCCCAUUCCCAUAAUCCCGCUCGAAGAAACUGCUCCUCGACCUGGCCUCUCUCAGCUGCAGCCACCUGGGCCCUUCUCUGGAAAUUAAUGUCGCUCUGCCCCCAUCCUCACGGUCCACCUCAAGCCCAGCCUCCUCCGUGUCUGCAAAGGGAAUGGGAGCCAGGCAUUGGGGGUGCUCAGGGCCAGACACCUUCCCCCGCCCCAUCCCCAGGUCCUGCUACCAGGUUCUCUAUCUCAGGUGUGGGAGAAACCCUGGACAAUUGAGGGUUUGCCACACAGGACACCCCCCCCUCCCCAGACAGCAGCCAGCUUGAGUAGGGGGAAGGCUGGCAGCCUCCCUCUGACGAGUUCGGGGCAAAGCUUUCCCCUCUGAGCUAAGCCAGGGUGGGAGCCCAGCAGCCAGCUGGAGAUCAGGCUCCAGUGAUGGCUCUCCACCCAGAUUGUGCCUGGCUUCUGGCCUCACCGCAUCCUGCCACCCUGUGGCCUUGACCUGUAAUCACUGUGUCCUUAUCUGGCCUGGUCUCCAGUCCCCUCCCAGCCUUCCUGAGGUGCAGUCCUCUUAGCCACACGGGAGGUCAGGGUCGGCCAAGCCAUCCCUCACUCUGGCUGGCAGCUGUUCACCAGGCCUGGGCCACCAAGGCCGUCUCGACAGGCAGCUAGCCACCCUCCCCGUGCCUUGUUGCUGGGCCUUGUUGCCAGCUUCCAGCCUGGCUCUGCUGGCUUGCCCAGCCCCUCCCCACCCAUUCACUCAGGGGGCAGCCGGGGGAGACAGCCCCCUGUGAUGGCAGUGCUGGGCUGGACAGAGCCCGCAGCAACACGGGAAGAGGCAGGAUCCUGAAGAAGGGUGAGGGGUGUGUUGGAACCACCCGGAAAUUUUGCAACAAGGGCGUUCAGGAGACCUGGUCAGGGUUUGGGUUUCUGCUUUUCUCACAAAUUCCCAGGUGGGUGGGUACAGACGGUCAAGGAAUGAGACACCUGAACUAGCGAGCCUCUGAAACACAAAUCCCUCCCAAACCUUUGCCAUUCCGCCUCCCACCCCCACCUCAUGCCACUCCACGGAUCUUGUAGCCCCACUCGGUAUUAUGUCCCUUGCAUGGAGAAGGAACUGAAUGACUGAAUGACGGGCCACUUCCCAAAUCAGCAGCAGCCACCCCAGGAUCCGGACCUGGCUUUCUGGUGCUCAGUCCAAGCCCUGUCUCGAGAACCAUCCUAGAAGCUGUGCUCAGGGCAGGGCUGUUGCUAUCCCCAUGGCUGGCUUCUCGGCCCCAAAGGUCCGGCAGAGGGGGACAGGUUUUCACCAAAAAAGGCUGGUCCAAGAGCUAUACAGAAAUAAACAAGCAGGAACAUCCCUAUGCCCCUUUCUCCACUUGGGUAGGAGAGCAAGAAAGUAUCUCCCCGCUCCCAUAAACCCGGGCUUCGGCUAACAGGGUCAGCUGGAACCCGCCCUGCCUCUCCCCUCCUGGGGGCAGUGGGCAGUGGCCUGACACCUCAGGCUGGCUCAGCUUCCAGAGUCACCUCACGCGGGGACCAGCCAGGUCACUCCUAGCUCCUGAGCCUCACGGUCAGAAAGUCAGAGGUCUCACGCUGGGCUUGGGACACCUUCCUUCUACUCCCCCUCCUGCCGAAGAUUCGCUCUCUAGCCAGUCCCGGCCCCAGCUCUGGCCUUCACUUCUCUUGACCCUGUCUCCUUCGGGCCAUAGGAGCGGCCACCAGCGCCAGGCCCUGGAUGCAGAGUGGACAUUGCCCUCGCAGAGCAGCGUCAGUAAUGAUACACUGGCAUGAAUGCUCUCCCAGGGAAGCUUUCUCUUUGUCAUCAUCAGUCCCCCUCCCUCCUGAGGUGCUCUGCGGGUGGUAUUCAGGGAGGCUGCCAGGCCAUUUCUUCUGUUCCUACACCCUCAACUGCUGCCCCUUCAUGACUGGGGAAUCAGAGCUCAGCCUCCAAACCUGAGUGAUGACCCCCACUCCCAGCCAGGCUUGGCCCCACAGGGUUAGUCCUGAACGGGGGCUGAGAAACAGCCUUUCCCCCACAGCCUGCUCUGACAUGGGCCUGCAGGGUCAGGGUUUUCCGUCUGCAAGUCCAGGCUGAGUGAGCAAGGCCCCUACCCACCUCACCCUAGCCGUCCCCAGGGACUGAGGACUGCUCAGGGACACCCAGAGGUCAAAAGUUCAGCUCCAACUCCUUCAUUCUUCUCCCCUGCCCAACAAGAGAGGCAUUUCAUUCUAGAAUGUAUGAGGUGGGAAAGGUCUCAGCAUGUCAUCUAAUCCAGUGUUUCCUAACUUGACCACCUGUGAUCAGAUAGUUCGGAGCACUGCUGACCCAGCCCUUUGGAGGAGGGCUUUGCUCAAGGUCACAAGCAAGCCCAAGGCAGUGCCCAGAGCAGAGGCCAGGCCUGAGGCCAGACCAAAACCUUUUCCCAACCCUUCUCACCGCCUUAGGCUGGGACAGUGAAAAACCGUAUUCCCCACCUUGCUUUGGUCGGUAAGUUGGGAACGUGGCAACAGGCCCGAGCUGCAGAAGCCACAGCUGACCCCGGUGGGGUCACAAUUCACACCUGUGUGAUUUCUAAGGCAGGGAAAGGAGCCAAGCCCUGUGGCCAAUGCAGGCAAGUGCCACCUGAUCUGGGUCUAUGAAGGGGCUGGCAGCCCUCAACAAAGGUGGUGCCUUACUACUUCUGGGCCGGGCUUCCCUAACAGCCUGGAAAAGGGCCCCUUGUUCUCUGAGAAAGUGCAGCCCCGAUCAUAUCGGGGAGUCAGGCCCCUCUCCAGGUUCCUGUUGAGCUACAGAAGUAGGAGGACAGUCUCAACACACGGUCCCACUGAAAAGCGUGGCAACAGGAGCGUUGGAGGGGCAUAGUAUCAAAACCCGAUGCCUUCAGGGGCGGAUCUCUGGUGGACCCUCGGGAAUGGGCUCUGCCCCCAAUCUCUCCACUGGCCUAAGGCCAGCCGGGCAACCCUCCAGUCUCUCCAGCAGCUCAAGAGAAGAGAAUGAGCAGUGAGAUGCGGUGUGGGCCACCCCACGGCAGCUCAGGGGGCUCCUGCCCAGCCCAGAAGCUUGCUGCUGUCUGACUGCUGGUGGGCAGACCGGGAGUGGGAAAGCAGACAGGCCCAGAGCCCAAGGCCUUCCGGGCCCAGAAGGUUCACUUCAGUGUGAUUCUUUGGAUUUAUUGUGAUUGGCAUUGCUAAGUUCAGAGGGUCGAUCCCAGCCCAAAAUGGCAGCACCCUCCCCCAGAGGGCACCCAGCCCUGCCACAGCCUUCCCCUCAGAACCACAUCCGUCACUGAGGGACUACUGGUGGCUGCGCCCCAGAAAUGGCCCGGUGAGCUGUGCGAUCUGGGCUGAAGUAGAGAUGCCAGAGAUGCCAGCCCUUGCGCUUCAGCUGCUCCCUGAGGUGUCCCUCCGUCGGGACCUCCACUCUCCUGGAGGGUUCCGUGUGACUGCUGGUAGGAAGGGGGCACCCACCCCCGUUAAAAAUGACUCCCCCACUGCCUCCUGGAGUAGGACCGUCUGGGUUCCAAGCCUAGGUUGAAGUCCUGGGCUGGCACAGCCGUCUAGCUGGACCACCCUGUCCGAGGCAGAUGCGUGCCCUCUGAGGGGCGGUGCCCGUGUCGCGCGGGCCGGGAUCCAGAUGCAUACUUGGGGUUGCUUUGUGUUCGCUUCGCUCCCUUUGCCCUCUGUCUCCGGUGCAGGCGGAUCAGGGGCUCUGAGGAAACUGCUGGAAUUCAGGGUGAGGAUUAGCCUUUUCCAGCACCCUGUGAGAGAGACCAGAUAAAGGGUUCAGAUUUGACAUGGGGAGACAUCCUCAGCUCUUAGAGAUGGGACACAGGCUUUCUCGCGUGGACUGGGACAGGUAUUCCCUCCCAAAGCCGAGAGGUGGAAGACAAGGAAAUGUCCAGAGACAGGGCUCUGGAAAGCAACUCUUAAGGCUACAGGGGGAAGAACCCAGAAGGUCAGGCUAGCCUGGGGGCUAGCCAUAUUAGCUGAGAAAGCUGUCCAGGCUUCUUGUUAGCACAUUCCCGCCACCUUACUUCCAUCUGCAAAAUGGGAGUGGAGGAGGGGAGCUGAGGGAGAGAACACAGCCUUGCCAGCAAGCAAUGGGAGCCUGUCCCUUCCCCUGCUGCCUCUCCACCCCUCAGCCUUGCCCUUGGGGAACGGCCCCUGGAAGAUUAGGCAGCUGUCCUCAAGGGGAGAGUCAAGGGGUUCCAUGAAAGAGUUCUGGUUGGGAGGAGAAGAAAGUGGAAUUCUUUGGGAUAAAGGGCAUUAUUAUGAUCAAGAGUCAGAGCCCUGCAUUACCCAAU